CCAACUCCUAAUGCAGUUCUUGGUUUUAUUUACAGGAUUGACAUGGCUCAGGAGACAAACCAGACCCCAGGGCCCAUGCUCUGUAGUACAGGAUGUGGAUUCUAUGGAAAUCCUAGGACAAAUGGGAUGUGUUCUGUUUGUUACAAAGAACAUCUUCAGCGACAGCAGAAUAGUGACAGAAUCAGCCCGAUGGGUAAGGGAACAACCAGUGGUUCAAAUAGUCCUACCUCAGACUCUGCAUCUGUACAAAGAACAGAGAGUAGCUUAAACAACUGUGAAGGUGCUGCUGGCAGCACAUCUGAAAAGUCAAGAAACGUGCCUGUUGCCGCUUUGCCUGUAACGCAGCAAAUGACAGAAAUGAGCAUUUCAAAAGAGGACAAAAUACCACCAAAAACAGAGAAUGAACCAGUUAUUACUCAACCAAGUCCAUCAGUUUCUCAACCUAGUACUUCACAGAGUGAAGAGAGAGCUCCUGAGCUGCCCAAACCAAAGAAGAACAGAUGCUUCAUGUGCAGAAAGAAGGUUGGCCUUACAGGAUUUGACUGUCGAUGUGGAAACUUGUUUUGUGGACUUCACCGUUAUUCCGACAAGCAUAACUGCCCUUAUGAUUACAAAGCAGAAGCCGCAGCAAAAAUCAGGAAAGAGAACCCAGUUGUGGUGGCUGAAAAAAUCCAGAGAAUAUAAACUAACCUACUUGUGAAAAGACUGACUGACUUUGUUUUAUUUUAAUAUAUCCUAGGAAAACAUUAAAGAGCAGGUGCAUGGCCAUUUUCCUUUGAUGUUCUCCAAAGUUUUACUUUUAGUCUUGUCUGUCUUAAUGAUAUUUCAGAACAUUUGGGUGUUUGUUACAGGCAGAAUUGAAUAGGUA